CUUUGUCCUUGGACGCGUCCGGAGAGGACACCACCCAACAAACCCCUCAAAGCCUUAAGAAGACGAAGACUUCAACAGACAAGGACCAGAUCCCACCGGCCAAACGAUCUCGCUCGGAACACGACGACCAAGAUGAUGAGGAAGAGCAGGACCUCGGUGUCAACGGCGAGGCUGGAACCAUGAAGAUGGAGGCUCCUCCCAAGGCCGGCCUGAUUGACCCCGUCGGCUACAAGACCAACCCUCCUCCUGAGGGUCGCCCUGUGCGCAUCUACGCCGACGGUGUCUUUGACUUGUUCCACAUGGGACACAUGCGCCAACUCCAACAAGCCAAGUCCGCCUUUCCCAACGUACAUCUUCUCGUCGGCGUCACCGGCGACAAAGAGACCCACCGCCGCAAGGGUCUGACGGUGCUGAGCGGAAAGGAACGCGCCGAGACUGUCAGACACUGCAAAUGGGUGGACGAAGUCAUAGAAGACUGCCCCUGGAUCGUAGACGUCGAGUUCCUCGAGAAGCAUGAGAUCGACUACGUUGCCCACGACGACAUUCCCUACGGAGCCGACGAGGGUGAUGACAUCUACAAGCCGGUCAAGGAAAAGGGCAUGUUCCUGGUUACCCAGCGCACUGAGGGCGUCAGCACCACUGGAAUCAUCACAAAAAUUGUUAGGGACUACGAACAAUACAUCGCGCGUCAACUCAAGCGCGGCACCACUCGCCAAGAACUCAAUGUCUCAUGGCUGAAGAAGAACGAGCUCGACAUCAAGCGUCACGUCGCCGAGUUGCGCGACUCGAUCCGCACAAACUGGACUGCGACUGGCCAAGAGCUCGGCAGAGACCUUAGACAAUUCUGGCAGCCCAGCAGACCCAACAGCCCAGCCCGCGGUCUCUCGACCCCUGAUCGUCUUGGCUAUAACCUUCGCCAAGGUCCUUCAAGAGGCAGCAACAGCGAUUUUGCUGCCGGCUACACUAUGGGUCUUCUCGGCAGUGUCCGCAGCUGGAUGCAACGCAACCGCAGAACUCUUAGCGAUAGCAGACCUGACAGCCCUGACAGCGGCGAAGAGAGCUCAGACAUGAAGAGCCCCGCCGAAUCAAGCAGAGGCCGCCCCGGCAAGCACGUCCAAGACGAAGUGGAUGCCCAGGUCACCCACGAGAUGAAUUAGAUCAGACUCGUACGUACGAACGAUAUUUCCUGCUGCAGAGGCCCGCGACCUCUCUCACGACCAACUUUUUCUAAAGAGAUUCCCCUUGUAUAACAGCCCCUUCAGAAUCCUAUUUUCAAAAUCCUACUUCCAAAAUCCUGAUUCUUCCUUGUUUCUUUCUAAUCAACUUGCACGUGAAAACGUGUACCACAUUCU